AUGAUUCCAGAUCAUAACUGCCAGUUGCAUAUGGAAGAUGAAGAUUUGGUUAAUGAAUACAUUGUAUCGGGAGUAUUUAUAAGCUUGAGAAGAAAGUUAAAGAGGUAUUGUUUGUGCGACGAACGUCACCCCGAAGCCAAAUUAAUGUUUAAAUCAAAAGCAUCGAUAGAAAGAGAGCAAAGUCUACAUCUCUAUUAUUUUUAUAACACAGUGCAUCCUUACAGUUUGGUGAGUUUGUGGAUGGAAACGUUUCUUGUCAUUGCUUACGGAUUUAUGUUUUUUACUAUCCCGAUUUUUGGAAUAAUUGACGUACAAAUUAUUACUGAUAAUGUGCUAAUUGCUUAUUCUACAGCUUUCGAAAUAAUAGUCUUGUUGAUGAUGAUAUGGAAAUUUAAAGUGGGUUGUAUAAAAAAAAGUCACAUCGAACUGGACAUGAAGCAAAUAGCAGUGAAUUAUCUAAAAACCACUUUUAUUCUAGAAAUAUCGGUUUUGUUGUUACUGCCACUUGUUGCUUUACAACGUCAUUACAUAAAUAUUGCAAAUAUAGAAGAUUACGAAAUAAUUCCACUACUUAUAAUUUACAUGCGCGUGUUUACAAUAAGCACCUACAUGAACAGAUUCCAGAGAUUCGUAAACAUCUCGUCAAGAUUAAUAGACUUGUUGAAGUUGACAUUUGUAAUGGUGGUCAUUGGAAACAAUAUGACCUGCAUUUAUGACAACCAAUUUAACAUUGCAUUGUGGAAAAAAAAGGAAGGAGAAAACGCCAGUAAUGACUUCUUUCGACUUGUAGACUCUUUUUACACUACCUACUUGAUUAUAAUGGGAGCAAACUCCCAUCCCUUGGGUCCAGACACCACCAAAUUUAGAUUAUUCAGCAUAGUACUUCUUCUUAUUGGCGUCGUCAUGAACUUUUUGUUCUUCCUGUUUUUCUUUCGACUAAUUAAAUCCUUCAUGGAAGUUAAGAGCCAGAAGUUGACCUUUAUGAGAGUCAUGAUGGAGUACAUGCAGUACAACGAGUUUACGCCAGCAUUAAAAAAAAAGAUUUUGACCUAUUACGAUUUCAAGUAUGGAAGGAACUUUUAUGUUGAAGCCGAUAUAAACAGUGUCUUGCCGGAAAAUGUAAUCCGGAACAUUAAUGCUGUAGCGUUCAACCACUUUUUGAAGAAGAUAAGUUUUUAUCACGCUCUCACGUCGAAUAUAGUUUACCAAUUAUCGAACUCUUUGGUGAUGAAAAUUUUUUUGGCAGGCGACACCAUAGUUCACCACGGUGUUAUCGAAACAUCCAUGUAUUUUAUCUACGUGGGUACAGUAGCGAUUUACACCAAAGACGGCGUGGAGAUUUGCCACUUAACAGAAGGCGAUUAUUUUGGUGAAUUUUCUUUACUAUUAGACAUUCCCAAAACUGCCAGUGUUGUUGCCAUAGAAAAUUGUAAGGUUUUUAAACUAUCCCGGGACGUUUUGUAUGAUAAUUUGAAAAAUGAUCCUAGAGCAUUGAAGCUUAUUAAGAAGAUGUGUUUAGCAAGGGCCGGUAGACAUGACCAUAAUAUUAAAUAA